UUUCUUCCCUGGAGAACAGAAGGAGAUGUUAGGCAGAAUGUCCAUGAAGCUCUUUUCAUUUGAAAUGUGACUAAGCAUCAGUGAUGCCACACUUUUACACAACAGCCACAAGCAUGACAGGACCAAUGACAACCUCAAUGAGAAACUGAAAACAGAGGAAGGAAAAUGCCGUUAUCAGUCCACAGCUAGAAAUUAAAGCCAUACCCAUGUUCAGAUCAUGAUGAGAGUAAGCUGUGUGAAGAGUCUGUUUCCAGUCUUGGCUGUCACUGUAGUGUUUCUCUAUGUGAGCUUUGUCAAGCGGAAAAUCCAAACCCAAGAGAAACAGUUUUACCAGCUCCAGCAGAACUUCUCGAUACACAGCACUUCUCCUCAACAGGCUGGAGAAACUGGAGGCUCAUGUACAUGCAAUAGGGUUGCAUGUGAUCAUCAGUAUGCAAGCCUCCCCUCACAGUGUUCCCAAACAGAGAAAAGCCUCUACAAAAGCCACAGAGCAGCAGAGAAAACUGCCAAAGGAGGAGAAUGACCAUGGAGAAGAUGAAGACUACCAGCCACAAAACACACCAGAUUCAGAGAGCGAUGCAGACAUAACUGAGGAAGAUGAGAGUGAAGAUGAGACGUUCGCAGUGAAGAACAAAAAGAAGACGCCUCCACACCAGUGAUUAGUCAGAGUCCAGCUGCCUCUGUAUCUGUACUAAAGAAGACCCCCACUACUCCACCUCUCUCUAAACCUGCACUCUGCUCCAGUCCUGCAGAGGGCAUACUGCCAAAGUGGAAUCCACCUGAUAAGAUUGAUCGCUGAAAUCAUCCAUUUGAAGUUUUGGAUGUGCAUACGUUCUCAGGACAGUGAUUAAAGAAAACUUUCUUAUGAUUUGUCACCCUUGUGUAACUUCAUGUCCAGGUCUUGUUAGCAGGAGUCCUGGUGCAUCUCAGAAUGCAGUUGUGAAGUCUCCUGGACAGGGCCUGCGGUUGGGACUUUCCCACCUGGCCAGAGUCAAACCCUUGCACCCUAAUGCUUCUGCUCACUAAACACACUUGUUUUAUAGACACAAUGUAUUUGGAAACUGCUCAACAGUUUUAUGGGGGGAGACUUGGUAGUUUCCCCUUACAGAGAGAAUUUCUGGAAAGUCAAUAUUAAGAUUUUUUGAAAGCUCUUUCAUUCUUUACUACUUUCUCCAGCUUUGUAUUGUUGUAACUUUUUUUAAAUGUCAUUUUUAACACUUUGUAAAUAGGCACGUCACUACACAUUAAAGAUUGAGGAUAUGCUAAAAUUUGUAUAUACUUGAUCUUAGCAUAAAAUUGUAUAUUUGCAAAGAGGUUUGUGUUUGCUCAUUAUUGUAGUUAUGGUAUCUACAGUCAGGGUAUUUACUGUAAUACUCAUGCAAUGUUUCCCUCUAGGGACCAAAGGGCUGUCAAAAAAUUGCUUUCCUCUUUAAACAUGUCCACACCAUCAAUGUUCAGAUCAUGAUGAGAGUAAGCCGUGUGAAGAGUCUGUUUCCAGUCUUGGCUGUCACUGUAGUGUUUCUCUAUGUGAGCUCUGUCAAGUGGAAAAUCCAAACCCAAGAGAAACAGUUUUACCAGGUCCAGCAGAACUUCUCGAUACACAGCGCACUUCUCCUCAACAGGCUGGAGAAACUGGAGGCUCAUGUACAUGUGAUAGAAGGAAGAAGCUUCAAAUUGAAAGGUGAGAAGAAGCCAUCAGAGAAGCUGUUCCCAAACUCACAACUCUUCAGCAAAUGGACUGUGGAGCUUUCCAAGGAAGACCAGAGAAAAGCUGAAGAUCUCUUUCAGAAAUACAGAUAUAAUGCCUUCCUCAGUGACCAAAUCCCUCUGGACAGUGAUCUGCCGGAGACUAGAGACUACAGGUGUGUCUCGGCGGUUUAUGUAAAUGCUCAGUAUUUCAAUACCUGUCUCUAUCUGAUUUACCUGGAUGAGGCUCUGUCUGUCAUUCAAAGAGCCAUUUGCAGUAUCAUCAACAGAACUCCAGCCCACCUGCUCAAAGAGAUCAUAUUGGUGGACGACCACAGCAGAAAUGGCUUGUUUUUCUCAAAGUUCAGUCAGCAUAUCCUGCUUGGUGAUUAUUGUAUGGAAUACUGCUAA